AUGGCGGAGAGGAAGGGAGGAGCGGCCAGGAAGGAGGAGGUGGUCACCAGGGAGUACACCAUCAACCUCCACAAGCGCCUCCACGGCUGGUACCUCUCCUCCUUCUCGCCACCUUGCUGCGCGCUGCACACUGUUCUCGCUGCGAGAUCCGCACAUUCAAGAAGAAGGCACCCAAUGCUGUCAAGGAGAUCAGGAAGUUUGCUUGAGAAGGCUAUGGGCACCAUCGACGCCAGGAUUGAUGUGAAGCUCAACAAGCACAUCUGGAGCAGCGGAAUCAGGAGCGUGCCACGGAGGGUUCGUGUGAGGAUUGCCCGCAAGAGGAACGACGAGGAGGAUGCCAAGGAGGAACUCUACUCCCUUGUCACCGUCGCUGAGAUCCCAGCAGAGGGCUUGAAAGGACUGGGAACCAAGGUCAUUGACGAAGCGGAUUAA